AUGGUAACGUUUGUGGUGUUGACUUCAGAUGUAUUCAAGGAGACGAGGACAAAGGCUGUUAGGGAGACUUGGGCCAAACGUGCAGUGGACAUGGGCUGGAGAGUGUUCUAUUACUCAGAGACAGAUAUGGGCAGUCCCCACGACACAAUCGCUACACACGAGAGCGAUGCCAGUUCAUUAGGCAAUGACAUCAAACAAUGGAAGGCUUGGAAGCAUGCACAGAAAUGUUGCUCACAUAGAUCAGACUUUUAUAUUAAGGUGGAUGAUGAUACUUAUGUUAAUGUAGAGCGUAUGGAGAAGAUGCUGCUGCCAUAUGAUCCAGAGUCAGUGGCCAUUCUAGGACAGUGCAUUGGUACACCAUGGAAUCCCAAACCAUUCUGUGGUGGCGGUGCCGGUAUCAUCUUGCCUCGCGGCGGCCUGGACAAAAUGAUGGAGUGGUACGAGAACAAGCAGUGCAUCGACUAUGGUCACAACGAUCUGACCACAUCGUUCUGCUUCUUCGACAACAAUGUCACCUAUACAUUGGUGGCGGAGCUGUACCCCGAGAAGCCGACCGUCUGGCAAGAGAUGGUCAAAGGCGCCACCUUCCAUCAUCUAUCCCAUCAAGACAUGUAUGAUAUGCAUCAAGUGUUCUAUGGUAGCGAAAGGAUAAAGAAGGACACAAAAUGA